AGGAAAAUGACAGGACCCACCUGGUGAGAAGUCAAUUCUUGGUCGCUCACACUUACAGCGCAAGCCCAGAUUUUGAAUUUGAUGACUUACCGCCGCUCAACCUCGCUCAACCAGCCUGGACGGUAUUUGUAAGGGUAUGUGCUACAGAUAUAUGCUUGCAUACGUGUGGUGAUAUUCGCGAUUCUUUCAUGUGUGUGUACCAGGCAAGUACCAGGUGCUUCGCUCCCUAAGAGCGCAACAUAUCCGUCCCCAUGGCAUUACGGUGGAGAGAUCGAACUGAGCAUCCACAUCUCAUGAUUGAACCACAUUACUGUUGCUGCAAUGCAUUCGCAGUGCCAUUACGGGGAUAGAACCCUACUCAAGGCUGUGUCUGGUCAUGCAGCAAGCAUCAGAUCGAGACGUCGAAGUGUCGAGGAGUCGCCAUACCAUCGUUUGAGUUGUCAGCUAUAUACGGUUGCGCAGAGACGUGACCAUCCAUUCCUUGCAGUACUUUGUCCCCCCAUGGCGGUGUCCACCCCCAGCGACAUAUUUUUCUUGUCGUCCACAGAUGGUGACUCGGAAACUCAGAGCUACGUUGCAACCAUUACCCUCGAAUGGGUUGUCGCCGGGACUUCGUCAUUAUCCUCACCGACAUCUCCCGUCACCACAACGAAGGCUGACAUCGUCACAAGGACGAUGACUUCGGUCUCUAUGGCUACCUGGACAGUCACGGAGUCUCGCAACUCUUCUACUAGUAUCCCGAUGCCUAGUAUCAUCAUGAUGCCAGCCGGUGGUCUCAGUGCUGGUGAGGUGGUGGGAAUAGCCGCAGGAGUUGUACUCGGAACGCUCUGCAUCUUAGCGGCGAUGACCGCCUGCCUACUAUGCUACAGGCGCGAGAAGGCCCCGUCGCACAAGUUCGUGCCGCUGCGAGAUACAGGCGAAGACCCUCCUGGUGACUCGUCUGUAUUCCUGCACAUCGCACAUAAUAAGUCGUCGUGGAUGCACGAUGAGGCAGAGCCCCUGGCCUGGAGUGUGCCCACGGAACCCCGCACGCCACUCACUCCUGCCUCCCCAGUGCCCUCUGACUUGCUCACGACCGCGACCCUUGGCUCGCCCACUGAACCUGCACCCUGCGUCCGACCUGUUCAGGAACGCCAGGAGGUACCAGACGAGCAGCGUAGGGCCAAAUCGCAUCCCCAGUCCCGCGCGUCUCGCAUGCUGUCCUGGAUCGACCCUCGACGGUCUUUGCGAAUGCUCUCUGACGCUGACCGUGCUUCUGAAGUGGACUCGGGUUUGCGGUUCAGGUACGAACUGCGACGAGUUAGUACGCCAUCGGCGUUGGUGUACACGCCUCCGCCCUAUUCUGAAGCUUAAUGAGUUGCGUUGCGUUCUGGUGUUCUAUGUAAAUAAAGCAGUCCGACAGAUAUAUGUUGUAUACAUCAAGUAUACAUUAA